AUGACUCCUCAAGCAACAGCAACAUGGGCCUCUUUGUUCUAAGCGCCAAAACUCCAGGUCUGCUGUUUCAUGUUCUGUUACUCCUGGCAACAGCCAAGUCUUUGCAUGCAGAUGAGACCACCGCAGCAACGGGCCCUAGCGGCACGACCCCUACGGUGGGAGACAACGGCAUCACAAUAGAGCAGACCAACGCAACGACACAAUCACUCAGUGCCAAUGCAACCGCACUUAAUGGCACUACUCCACAAACAGACAUACUGAACACAACUGAACACACGGGCAACAGUUCUGUCUCAAACACAACAGACAUCACAAUAUCAGACGCAAUCACCACCCCUUUGCCGAACAUCACAGCAUUGACGUCUGCCAGGACAAAUGAUACGGCUUCAACUACAAUAGAUGCAUUUGCAGAAGGAAAUGAAGGAGGAAGUGAUGAUGGAAGUGCAGGGCCUGUGAUCCUGGUCGUCCUGCUGCUCGCCAUCAUAAGUCUCGGAGUUCUUCUGUACUACAUGCGCAAGAAAUCAAGGAGUUACUCGUUUGACCUCUUCACCCCUGUCAAUGACCAAGCAAGUGACAACGCACCCCUGAAGCCGCUGGAGAUGGAGACGUUUCAGCCCAAAGACACGGAAACUCCAGUAACUCUCCCGACGGUGGUCAUUGAGAGUGCUGAGAACCAGCCGGACAGCCCGAUAGCCAAUGGGAGUGUGGAGGAGGGACCAGGGGAUCCUGCCAUCACUCUUGACAACGAAAGUAUUAAAUCAGCUCCCUCAGAGUGUGGAUCGCAGACAGAGUUCCUGCCAAAGGAUUCCACAGACGUUGAUGUGGAGCAGCAACCAGGCAAUGAGAACAACAACAACUUCGCAGCUGGCACCAAGACAACAGCAGGGCUCAAGAGUGGAGAGGCCAACUUUACAGAGAUCAGCCUUAAUUAGGCCACAGGAAGACACCUUUAACCUCUCUGUGACCCUCACUCUUCAUAGUUCUUCAUUACCCACAGUUCCUUGUGCUCAUUGAUGUACCCCCAAGACCAUAAUUUUUGCCAUCUUUGUCUUAGUUUAUGGGAUUCUAUGUGACUGUUAUUUAUGUGGUCACUUGCAACAAACCCUAGCCUGCGUGAACCCUGACUGAUUGUCAAAAGAGAAUUGGUAUGGAAAUCCUUGAUUCACUUCUGAUGUCCAAGGGGCGUAACCUAGGCUGAUGUAGCCAGAACUCGAUAGAAUUGAGAAUGUGAGUCUGGAACUGGAGCAUUGGUACGUGACUAUGGGGCAUGUUUCAACCGAUACGAAAGGAAAAAGGUGCCACGUUUGUCUGAGUUCACCCAGGCUAAGCAAACUCUCAAAACACGCACACACUCACACGCACACACUCACACAACCAAAUAAAAACAUGCACAUAUACAUGCUUUGCAGUCCUUCAGUUCUCCAUUAAUUGUAAAUGAAUGACCUGGACAGUACAGUACAGUACAGUACAAUAGUAUUUGCACUCCUUUCAGGUGCUUAUGGAGACUGUUGUAGAUUUUGUGAUAAUAUUAAGAAAAGAUGUAACUCAUUUACACUGAAUUGAACAGAUUGAUGUAUUUUUGUUACAUAAUGAGUAAACUAAUACCAAAUAAAGACAUUUUAUUUUUUAAAAUACAA